AUGCCAGCUUCACCUAGUGGAACAACUGUUGGUAAAGGAGAUACCGGUAAAGCUGCAGGACCACGAGCAUCAGCUGGUGGUGCCGGUCUUCGUCAACGUAAAUCAACAACAACAACAGCAGCCCGUAGUCGACCAGGUGCUGGCGGUGGUGCAAGUGCAGGUGUAUGGCGAUUUUAUACUGAAGAUUCACCAGGUCUUAAAGUUGGUCCAGUACCUGUACUCGUCAUGAGUUUAAUCUUUAUUGCAAGUGUAUUUAUGUUGCAUAUUUGGGGAAAAUAUACAAAAUAA